AUGAAUUCAAUUACAUUGACCAGCAUUAUUCUCGUCUCAAUUAUUGGUUUCAGUGAUGAAGCAUGUUUUCGAGUUCGUCCAACAGUGAAUACGAAUUCACUUGGUACAACUGAAGUUUCGUGUAUUUACAAAGGUUUAUCUUUUGCAAGUAAUAGUACAUUUAAACUGGCUUCACCUGAAUGUGUGACAUGUACGUGUACUGACACAGGAUUAAAUUGUUGUGGAUAUGGAGCUAUGGCUGGUACAAUGUCUGUAAAAGGAUGUAAACGAGCUUCAGACUUUUGUAAUGUUCGUUUUGUCGAUGAAAAUGAUCCAAAUCAGCCAUGUCCUGCUUUUACAAAAGCAACCAUAACUACAACGACCACGACAACGACGACAGCACCAGAUGAAGAAGAAACUACUGGAGAAGAUUACUAA